AUGCCGGGAGUAACAAUGGUUGCUUCUCGGAAAGCAAGCCCCAGCUCUCUCUGGUGCUCUCGUACCCUCCUUUCAUCUCCGUCGCUCGUUCCUGUAUCAACUCGCUAUCUGUCGAUCAAUUGUCGCCCGACCAAUCAGUACCUUGGCCGACUUCCGGCUAAUCGCAAUCCAUCCACCUCGCAUUUGUUAUGCAAGACUGCCACUAGCCACUCAACCGCUUCCUUCUCGUCCUCUUCCUCAACUUUUCUGCCUGACACGGACUGGGACCAUAAUCCGAACUUAGCAAUCUCCAACUUUUCGGAACUUCCCUCUAAGGAUUUCGGAGUUAACCAGCACAUGAUUAUAAACCAGGAAUUCAAGGAAGCAUUGCGACAGAUCCUUUGGCAAUUUAAAGCGCCAAUUCGAUAUGCAUUUGCCUAUGGGUCGGGUGUAUUCCCGCAGAAUGGAAGUUCGGCUCCGGCCAGCUCGUUACAUCCUUCGGCACCUACGGCCAUCUCAAAUAUGCAACAAGGCUCCGGAAAGAUGAUUGACUUCAUUUUCGGAGUUUCAUACUCACAACAUUGGCAUGACCUGAACUUGCACCAGCAUCGGGAUCAUUACUCUGGCAUGGGCUCUCUUGGCUCGUAUAUGGUUUCGCAAGUGCAAGACAAGCUCGGCGCUGGCGUCUACUUCCAUCCCUAUAUCACAGUAAAUGGCACAAUGAUCAAGUACGGAGUGGUUAACUUGGAUACUUUAUGUCGGGACCUUACCCAGUGGGAUACGCUGUAUCUUGCUGGUCGGCUUCACAAGCCCGUGAAGAUCUUACGGGACCACCCGAAGGUGCGAUUGGCAAACCAGAUGAAUCUGCUUUCCGCCCUUCGAGUCGCUCUUCUCUUGCUCCCUGAGCGAUUCAGCGAGUUUGAGCUUUACAGCACAAUUGCCGGAAUGAGCUACAUGGGAGACUUGCGAAUGGCACUUCCAGCCGAAGACCCCGGCAAGGUGCGCAACAUUGUCUCCGGGCAGAUGGCGCACUUCCGUCGGCUGUACGCGCCUCUCAUUGAAAAUCUUCCCAAUGUCACAUUCCAGGACCCCCGCUGCAGUAGUGACGAUUGGAUCGAUGACCCGAACGCCAUUCUCGCCAUGGCACAGGAUAUGGAUCCAGUGAAGCGUGGCAACAUGGUUCGUCGCUUACCCGAAUCAUUCCGCCAAAAGCUGUAUUUCCAGUACCAGUCUCGCUUCCAGAUCCCACGGGUGGACUUCGACAAAAUGAUGAAAGAGAACAAUGAUGCUCAAGAUAUUAUUCGCCGACCCCAGGGAGGUCCUUUCGAACAGCGGAUUGCCGGAGAUGACUCCCUCCAGACGGAAGUCUCCACGUCCAUCGAGAAGACUAUCCGGUGGCCGAGUACUGUACAGACCAUCAAAGCGCCCCUGACUGCAGGUCUCAGCAAGAGCUGGACCUACAUGAAGGAGAAGCGAGACAAGCACAAGAAGGCCCAGGCCAAGGUGGCUUCUAGUGAGAAAUCAGAGAGCAAAAAAGAAUAA